AUCUUUCAUUUUUGGAAUCAUUAUCUUCUAGACCAUCUAGUGUAUCCAGCACCAAAAAAUCUCAACGAAAUUCCGAAAUGUUUCUUGAUGAUUUUCUUGAUAUUCAACGACAACACCUACUAAUAAUAAUUAUCGAAUGGAUAGUUUAUAACACAAAUUAA